AUGGGGGGGGGGGUGGAGUCCUUGAACAGACAGAGAUUGUGUGGCCCAAUUUCCAGCAGGAAGGCCAAAGAUGUAAACGGCACCGUACUAACACAAAACCAGGAUUUGUUUGUCGGCGGUAAACAGCGGCCCGCCCCCCGACCAGUCCGGCCGGGACGGCCUACGGUGUCAGUGGGGACAUGGGAAGCGUAUCGCCGUCGGCCCCAGCCCGCGUCACCCGCGAGUGCUACUUCCCCACACCAAGACGGGGGGACCAACAACAAUAACCAGGGAGUAGGAGUGAAUCAUCGAGGCCAGGUCCAUCCCACCAACUCCAAGGCUGCCAACCAGGCAACCUCCAACUCAACGCGUUCUGAUGAGACCCGGCCGUUUUCCGCACCCACCGGCAACACUAAGACAACCCCAAAUUCCCACGGUCGCCACCCUCUCACCAGCACCUUAGUGACCCGUGGACUCAGCACGGUCGGUCAGGUGCGCACGCUAUCCCGGGCCAGUGGUACCACCAUAAGCCACGGCCAGGGAGGUCUUAUUGACCCGGAAAAGCGAGCCGGGCCAGGGGAACCAUGGACACACCCAUGCCGGGGCCGGGGCCGUGCGAGACGUCCACACCACGGCACCGUCCCCCCGCCCGCGCGAGUCCCCCCCGCCCAUCCCGCACCGAGCAAACCCUACCUCCCCCUAAAUCCUCACGUUCAUUCAACCCCCCCUGUCGACCUCUAA